AUGUCCACCAAGGGCAGGAAGUGCAAGGAGCAGGCGAGGGUGACCUUCCCCGCGCCGGAGGAGGAGGAGGAGGAGGAGGAGGAGGAAGGCGAGGACGGAGGCUCGGAGCCGCAGCGCCGCCGGCGGGGCUGGAGGGGCGUCAACGGGGGGCUGGAGCCGCGCUCGGCGCCCUCGCAGCGCGAACCGCACGGCUGCCGCCCGCCGCCCUUCUCGCCCGGGCUGGACCCGUCCAUGGAGGGAAGCCCAUCCCUGAGGCGCAAGACGGUGAUGCGGGAGAAGGGCCGGCGCCAGGCCGUCCGGGGCCCGGCUUUCAUGUUCAAUGACCGGGGCACGAGCCUCACGGCCGAGGAGGAGCGCUUCCUUGACGCCGCAGAGUAUGGGAACAUCCCUGUGGUGCGCAAGAUGCUGGAGGAGUCCAAGACGCUGAACGUCAACUGCGUGGACUACAUGGGCCAGAACGCGCUGCAGCUGGCCGUGGGCAACGAGCACCUGGAGGUGACCGAGCUGCUGCUCAAGAAGGAGAACCUGGCGCGGAUCGGCGACGCCCUGCUGCUGGCCAUCAGCAAGGGCUACGUGCGCAUCGUGGAAGCCAUCCUCAACCACCCCGGCUUCGCGGCCAGCAAGCGCCUGACCCUGAGCCCCUGUGAGCAGGAGCUGCAGGACGACGACUUCUACGCCUACGACGAGGACGGCACGCGCUUCUCGCCCGACAUCACUCCCAUCAUCCUGGCGGCGCACUGCCAGAAGUACGAGGUGGUGCACAUGCUGCUGAUGAAGGGCGCCCGCAUCGAGCGGCCGCACGACUAUUUCUGCAAGUGCGGAGACUGCAUGGAGAAGCAGAGGCACGACUCUUUCAGCCACUCCCGCUCCAGGAUCAAUGCCUACAAGGGGCUGGCCAGCCCGGCCUACCUGUCCUUGUCCAGCGAGGACCCCGUGCUCACCGCCCUGGAGCUCAGCAACGAGCUGGCCAAGCUGGCCAACAUAGAGAAGGAGUUCAAGAAUGACUAUCGGAAGCUCUCCAUGCAAUGCAAAGACUUUGUAGUGGGUGUGUUGGAUCUUUGCCGAGAUUCAGAAGAAGUAGAAGCUAUUCUGAAUGGAGAUUUGGAAUCCGCAGAGCCUCUAGAGGUACACAGGCAUAAAGCUUCACUGAGUCGUGUCAAACUCGCUAUUAAGUAUGAAGUAAAAAAGUUUGUGGCUCAUCCCAACUGCCAGCAGCAGCUCCUGACAAUCUGGUAUGAGAACCUCUCAGGCCUACGGGAACAGACCAUAGCUAUCAAGUGUCUGGUUGUGCUGGUUGUGGCCUUGGGCCUUCCAUUUCUUGCCAUCGGCUACUGGAUCGCACCUUGCAGCAGGCUGGGGAAAAUUCUGCGAAGCCCUUUUAUGAAGUUUGUGGCACAUGCUGCUUCUUUCAUCAUAUUCCUGGGCCUGCUUGUAUUCAAUGCCUCAGACAGAUUUGAAGGCAUUACCACGCUGCCAAAUAUCACUGUUAUUGACUAUCCCAAGCAGAUCUUCAGGGUGAAAACCACCCAGUUCACGUGGACUGAGAUGCUAAUUAUGGUCUGGGUUCUUGGGAUGAUGUGGUCUGAGUGUAAGGAGCUCUGGCUGGAAGGACCUAGGGAAUAUAUUUUGCAGUUGUGGAAUGUACUGGACUUUGGGAUGCUCUCCAUCUUCAUUGCUGCUUUCACGGCCAGAUUCCUAGCUUUCCUUCAGGCGACAAAAGCACAGCAGUACGUGGACAGUUAUGUCCAAGAGAGUGACCUCAGUGAAGUUACACUUCCACCAGAGAUCCAGUACUUCACUUAUGCCAGAGAUAAAUGGCUCCCUUCUGACCCUCAGAUCAUAUCUGAAGGCCUCUAUGCUAUAGCUGUUGUGCUCAGCUUCUCUCGGAUCGCAUAUAUCCUUCCUGCAAAUGAGAGCUUUGGUCCCUUGCAGAUCUCUCUUGGAAGGACUGUGAAGGACAUUUUCAAGUUCAUGGUCCUCUUUAUUAUGGUGUUUCUUGCCUUUAUGAUUGGCAUGUUCAUACUGUAUUCUUACUAUCUUGGAGCUAAAGUAAAUGCUGCUUUUACCACUGUAGAAGAAAGUUUCAAGACUUUGUUUUGGUCAAUAUUUGGGUUGUCUGAAGUCACUUCCGUUGUGCUCAAAUACGAUCACAAAUUCAUAGAAAAUAUUGGAUAUGUUCUUUACGGAAUAUACAAUGUAACUAUGGUGGUUGUUUUACUCAACAUGUUAAUUGCCAUGAUUAAUAGCUCAUAUCAAGAAAUUGAGGAUGACAGUGAUGUAGAAUGGAAGUUUGCCCGUUCAAAACUUUGGUUAUCUUAUUUUGAUGAUGGAAAAACAUUACCUCCACCCUUCAGUCUAGUUCCUAGUCCGAAGUCAUUUGUUUAUUUCGUCAUGCGAAUCAUUAACUUCUCCAAAUGCAGGAGGAGCCGGCUGCAGAAGGAUAUAGAAAUGGGAAUGGGUAACUCCAAGUCCAGGUUUACAGAGUGCUUUGCUGUCCAUUUGAACCUCAUGCAACACUGUGAGUUAAACCUCUUCACUCAGUCUAACUCAAGAGUUUUUGAAUCACACAGUUUUAACAGCAUUCUCAACCAGCCAACACGUUAUCAGCAGAUAAUGAAAAGACUUAUAAAACGAUAUGUUCUGAAAGCACAAGUGGACAAAGAAAAUGAUGAAGUUAAUGAAGGUGAAUUGAAAGAAAUUAAGCAAGAUAUCUCCAGCCUUCGUUAUGAACUUUUGGAAGACAAGAGCCAAGCGACUGAGGAAUUAGCUGUUCUGAUUCAUAAACUCAGUGAGAAACUGAAUCCUAGCAUGCCAAGAUGUGAAUGAUUCAGUAACCUGGAAUAAUGGCUUUGACUAUAGCACAAAUGUGGGCAAUAAUAUUUCUAAGUAUAAAAUACUUGAAAUGGUGUAAAUUUUUAGUAUUAACUACCUUUAUCAUGUGAAUCUUUAAAACUUAGGUCUUAAUGAUUUUACUGUUUUAUCACAUGAAAAUUGUCUUCAUUUUAAUUGUCUGCCUUGACAUUAUAAACAAUGACAUGCCAAUGUAUUUAAAGGCCCAGUACUAUUACAUUACUGACAUUUUUGUCCACUUUAGAAUAAACUCUAUGUCUUUGUACUUACCUGUUUGCCUCCAAGAGACUGUAAGCUUCUGGGAGACAGGGACCAUGUCUUAUUCAUCUUUGUGUCUCCAGCAUCUAGUACAGUGCCUGGUACAUAGUAGGUGCUCAAUAAAUGUUGAAACCAACUGAACGGAACUGCCAACAAAAUACAAAUAAAAAUAAAAAGGCCAUCACUAUGUAGCAUUCCUUCCCUUGUCCAAGUGCUGAAGAGAUUUUUUUUUUAAAAUAGAAACUAAAGAAAUUUUAUAACCGGCUAUGACUUGGUAAGAUUUUCUUAGAAUUUUUGGCAUCACUCAUAAAUCCUAGGACCUUUGAGCUCUGAAUGAAGAAUUUAACAAUGAAAUAGGUAAAUAGAAAGUAUACUUACAGUACAUAUCUAAGUUUCAUGGAAUUGUUCAAAACAACACAUUAAAGAUUUUUCUAAAGUA